AUGACUGCAGAAAAACCUGUUACGCACAAGAAAGAGAGAACCAAGAAACCCUCGCCGGAAAAUCAACAGAAGAGGAAAAUUAAUGAUGAGACCGAUAGUCCAAAAUCGAAAGCUGUUGGUGGCCAUAAAAAGCUAAAACAGGCUGCUACCGAUAAAAAGCUGUUGGACUAUUAUUGGGCUCUUGCCAGCGAUGAUCCGAAAGAACGUCUCGAAGCUGCUAUUGGUCUUUUGAAAGGGCUCAAUGAGUCCGACUCUGAAGCUGACUGGAAAUAUGCAUUUGAUAGACUGCUCAAGGGUCUAUCGAGUUCCAGAGGCUCUGCUCGAUUGGGCUUUUCAAUGGCAUUAAGCGAGGUCUUGAAUUGUCGACAAGACUUUAUCGAUGUAUGGUUAUAUCUUGACUCUGUCGCUGAGUAUUUCAAUAUCCCAUCCAAUGCAAAUGGCCAUGAAGAGCGAGGACUUAACUUUGGCACUCUCUUUGCCUUAAGAACUCUGGCUCAAAGCCCUCUGCUUUUCAAGUCUUCUACUACUAUCAGAGAAUUCGAACGAUUCAUUGAUCUGUCUCUUGAAUUAGCACAAAGAAAAAUCUGGCUACGUGAAAGUGUAUUUUUUGCCCUUUGUGAUUUAAUUAAAAAGCUAACUCAUGAUAAGUUUGAAAACCUUGGCUAUAGCAUCAAAAAUGCAAUUGAGCUUACACUGAAAAAAGUUCAAGAUGCCGGCGUUACUCUUACUUCGGAAGGAGUUGCUCUAUAUCUUUCCCUGGAUGAAGGGCAGAGAAAUGAGUUCUCAAUUACUGGAGGCUGGAAAAAUAAUGACCCCUUGUUAACUAGUAAUUUGGUAAGCUUAGCCAAAGCACUUAAAGAGGUACCAGUUAACAAUGAGCAAAAUGAAGAUGCCAGUGACAGGGCAAAACUCAAAGGCAAUUGGAAGCCCACGUUACACUUUGUUUGGGAGUUGUUAAUACAAGAACUAAACGGCAUAAAGAAAAAUAACGAGGCCACUAAAUCCAAAGAUAAGAAAUCUAAUAAGAUUAAGAAAGAUAAUGUUAUCCCUCAACGUGUUGGUAUUGACGAAUUCUGGAAGGUGGUAGUUGAUGAAAGCCUAUUCGCCAAUUCUGCCUCUAGUGAGAGAAAGUAUUGGGGAUUUGAAGUAUUUAUUCUCUUUUUACAGCUUGCUGCUCCUCAAAAUGUCAAGGACCUUUUCAGUCCCAAUUUUGUUCGCUGUCUAACUAAUCAACUGUCUCAGCAAGACAGACUGCUUAAUAAGGAAGCCAAAAAAGUGGUUUCGUCUCUGCAGGAUGCGGUCGCCAAGCGCCCCGAAAUCACUAUUGAUAUAGUGGAGUGUCUGUUGGAGAAAAUUCCAAACUUUGAUGUCAUUACCAAAACAAAAACUCUUUCUAAUCUGAUCUUAGCUGUCCCCUCUGAUCAAAUCAGUCGUCUGGUUGAUGUGUUCGUAUCGAUAUUUGAGGACCCUAAAAAGUCAGAAGAAAAGGCUACUGAACUGAGAAGGCAAUGGGCUCUGGAUAAUUUAUUGAGUCUUGUGAAAACAAGACGUAGUGAACCCGGUUCCUCUGUUUGGAUAGAACAAAUCAUUAAUGUCUUGGUCAAGUUCGGUUUUUUCAAAGGUCUGGGACCAGCUGUCUCUCCCACUACUGUUGAGAACUGUCACACUCGUCUUAACUCGGUUCUUUCUCUUACAGUGGGUUCUAACAGAGACGACAAUCGAUCAUGGGCUUUUUACGUGCUGAAUUCCAUUCUUUCUCUUGAGGAGGCUAAGAAUGAGCUUGUUCACGACUUUGAGGGUGAUCUGUUGAAGGCGAAAAACAAGUCUAUCAAGACAUUGGAGAAGAUCCGAAAGAAGAGAUCAAGCUCGACCCAUGCUGAUACCUCUCAGUUGGAGGCCUUUGAGUUACUAUUUUCUCUAGUCUUGAUUCAAGUGUACUCUACUGACAGUGAGGCCGCGACGGUUCUAGACGAACUUCAAAUGUGUUAUAAUAACAUCAUUGGCAAGUCGUGUCAUCAGGAAGAUGAUGGUGAAGAAGUUGAUGCAACACAAGUGUUAUCAGAAAUCUUACUUAGUUUUCUUUCGCGGCGAUCGGCUCUAUUACGAAGGCUAUCUGAAACUGUUUGGAGCACCUUCACCUCUCAAAUCACCAAGGAGAGUCUGCAACUUCUCUAUGAUGUUCUUGAAAGCAGUGAAAGUGCUCAGGGUCAAGGUGAGCUUUUUGACGAAGACGACGAUAAUAUGGAGAUCGACGAGGAAGAUGAGGAUGACGAGGAGAAUGAAGCAGACGACGAAGAAGAUGACGAAAACGAUGAUGAUGACGAUGAUGAGAUCAGCGAUGAGGAGGAGGAAGACGAUGAUGAUGAUGCAGUGAAAGAAGCCGACAGGCAAGCACAUGAAGCGCUCGCCAAAGCUUUGGGCAUUAAUGAAGAAGGUGAGGCAUCUCAGUCCAUUGACGAAGAUGAUGACGAUGACGAAUCCAUGGAUGAUGAGCAAAUGAUGGCUCUUGAUGAGCAACUUGCUGGAAUCUUUAGAGAGAGACAAAAGGUGCUAAACGCUCAUAAGACCCCAACACAGAAAAAGCAAGCCUCGCUUGAAGCCAAGCAGAACAUGGUCCAGUUUAAGUCGAGGGUUCUCGAUCUACUGGAGAUUUAUAUCAAGGCCCAAUCGUCGAGUCCGUUGCUUUUGACUACGAUUCCCUCCUUGCUAACUGUUAUUCGAAUUACGAGAGAUGUAUCUCUUGGUGACAAAGCACACCAACUUCUGAAGAACAAACUCUGCAAAGUGAAGACUCUACCAAAAUUGGCAGAUGGGGAUGUCGAAAACGCGUUGGAAAUAUUGUCAUCUGUUCAUGCACAGGCUAGAAGAAGUACAAACAAAGCUCACUCAUUGGCCUGUAAUCAAGCAAGCGUGUUUCUCUCCAAAACUCUUCUCAAUCAUGAUAAAGAUUUGGCUGAGAAAAUCAGCUCCGUUUAUGCAUCAUCUCUUACAGACUGGAUCAAAGUGUCGCACAGUAAAAUCUCACCAGCUCUGUUUUUCGAUUUCGUUAAUUACAUUGCAUCCACAAAGAAUAAUAAAAAAUAG